AUGUCCGUGUGCUCUGGCUUCACCGGGAGCAGCCCCGACUCGGUCUUCGGCUGGACCAGGCGGAGGGAGCGCGGGGAGAGAUGGGAACCCUCAUUGAUGACGAGGACGCCGCCGCGGGUGCAGCGCCAGAGCGGCGGCUGGACGGGGCGGAAAGCCGGCGAGCCGGGGGAGAGCGAGCCGGAGCCCGACGACGAUGACAUCCCCGGCUCCAUUCGGCGCGGUGUCCAGGAGCUGCCACCCCGCUGUACAGCACUAGAGCUAAGCUGGGAGAAAUCAAGUUUCCUUGACAUGGAAACAGAUAAACAGUUUAUGCAAGAGCAGCAGAGAGCUGUAGAAAGGAAAUUUGCAAAGGCAAGCUCUCUGAUGGCUCUGGCCUUAGCAGAGCAACACAACUACCCGCAGCUCAUGGUGAAGUGCGUUGAGUUCAUCGUUAGCACUCCUGCAAUUCUUGAUGCUGUGUUGGCGACAGACGGAUAUAAGCAUCUGGUGGCAAGCUGUCCUAUGGUGUUGCCCGAGCUUCUCAAGUCUGCACGGGGCAUAUCAAGGGUAACCAUAAGAUGA